UUCCCCAAAAUGAUUAAAUGCCCAAACUAGAUUUAAUAUUACUGCACAUUAUUCUACUGACAUAACUCUAACCCCACACUUUUGUAAUCCAUUUAAAAGGUCAAAAGAGGUGAAAGUAUUUAUACACAAGAGUAUGUAGCCAAGCCAGCAGUUCUGUGAGGCUGUUCUUCUAGGUAAACGCUAAUGACAGCAUGCUAACAUGCUGAUAUGCAGCAGGAUAUAAUGUUUACCAUGUUUCCCAUCUUAGUUUAGAGUGUUAGCAUGAUAAUAAUUGUUAAUUAACCGUACAAGUCUAAUCAUAAACCAAAGUAAAUGAAAGGCUAAAGGACACAACUCGGACACAAAUGUCUGUAUAAAACUUCAUGGCAAUCCAUCCAGUAGUUGUUGAGAUAUUUCAGGUGGUGGAGUGACCAGCUGACACAUCAUGGCCAUCCCUUGAGCCGUUUGUGCAUAAAAACUCCAAAAACCUGUUGCUGUGUUUGUAUGUCUUCUUGCUAUGUGUUGGUUCGUCCCGCUCAUUCCACAUGUGCUGUAUCUCUGCUGUUAAUAAUCAUCCAGAUCAGAACAGUGACGAUAACAAUGGCAGACGUGCCGACACCUCUUUGCUGAUGGACGUGCAGAGAUUGAGCCUGUGCCGUGUUUUGGGGCGAUACAUUAUCUCUGUGUAUCUUUCUUCUUCUGUGUAUCUGUUGGGCUGCGUUGGUCUUUUUUGGCCAUGAACGAAGCCACUCAGGCCGCGGUGACAGACUGCUACGUUGACAGGCCACGCAGUGUCUGAGCUCACAUGCUUUUUGUGGCUCUGUCUCUCAGAACACUGCCUCCCAAAAAAGACGCUGCAUCAUGGGGCCCACACUUUUGCUACGUUCCCCCUCUGAUCCCUCUCUUAAGGCCCAAACAGCAGCUGUGGAGAUUAGAGAGGAGAGGACACCGACACAUGCAGCCUCCUCCUCACAGCGACACAAUCAGCCAGGGCAGACUGGUUCAGACUGGAGUGGACUCUCAUCAGAAGCACCUUUUAACUAGACCAAGUGCGUCCAAACAACUUCCCUAGGCAAGUAUCUCCUUGACUGGACUCCAAUGACCUCUUAUGUCCUUCGAUCUCCAGCAACCUCACAGCGGACCUUAAUCUUUUGUUGGAAUCUCUAACCCCACACUUCUCUGCGCUUGAGUCACAUGCGACUCAAGAACUGGUCUGUCUGUGUUAGUUUAAACUGAAUCGGACUGGUCUGUGCUAGUCACACUUCGGCCAUGAGUUGUUUCGGGUACCGCCGAGAGCUGAGCAAGUACGAAGAUGUCGAUGAGGACGAGCUCUUGGCUUCCCUCAGCCCCGAGGAGCUGGCUGAGUUGGAAAAGGAGCUGGCGGAUAUCGAUCCAGACGCCAACGUGCCCAUAGGACUCAGACAGAGAGACCAGACGGACAAGACCCCGACAGGCACUUUCAGCAGAGAGGCCCUGAUGAAGUACUGGGAAAACGAGACACGUAGACUGCUGGAGGACGAGAUAGGUGGAGGAAGCCCCAAACCGGACUUUAUCAAAACACAGGAUGAAGAACAAGAAGAGGAGUGUGUGACAGAAGGAAACAGUGAAGCAGAGGAUGAAAAAGAUGAUGAAAACGAAAAAGAACAGAAGAAGUAUGAAGUGGAAGAACGGGAUGAAGAGGAUGAAGAGGAAGAGGAAGAGGAAGAAGAAGAAGAAGAGGAAAGUGAGGAAGAGGAGGAAGCUGUAACAGAGGAGGAGGAAGAUGAGGAGGAGGAGGAGGAACAAGAUAAUAAAUCAAAACCUGAACCCUCAAAUAAUUCUGGGACAUCUCAGGCCGACACCCCAAAGCUACUAAAACCUCAGAGGGUGGAGCCCGUUAGACUGACUCCUCCUCCUCCACCUGCCGACACCAGCACGACCGGAAACCCGACUGUUGUCGACGAAGCUCUUCAACAAGUCCUUAGCAAUGACCCUGAACUCACAGAGGUUAAUCUCAACAAUAUUGACGACAUCUCACAGGAAACCCUGAUCCGAUUUGCUGAAGCACUGAGGUCCAACACACAUGUGCGGGUCUUUAGUCUCGCGAACACCCGAGCCGACGACCCCGUGGCUCUGGCCAUUGCUAAGAUGUUGAAGGAGAACUCGUCCAUCACCAGUCUGAAUAUAGAGUCCAACUAUGUGACCGGGAAGGGCGUAAUGGCUCUGGUUCAAGCGCUUCCAGGAAACAACACCCUGACCGAGCUUCGGUUCCACAACCAGAGACACAUGUGUGGAGGACAGGUAGAGAUGGAGAUGGUGAAGAUUCUGAGGGAAAACUACACCUUGAUCAAGCUGGGUUACCAGUUCAACCUCCCUGGUCCCAGGAUGAGCAUGACGGGGAUCCUCACCAGGAACCAGGACCGCCAGAGACAGAAAAGGCUGCAGGAGCAGAGGCAGCAGCAGGGCCAACAGGGGGCGACAGAGGGAGCUGUUAACCCCCGGACCACUGCGCUGAGAGGAACACCUAGUUCAUCACCUUACAACUCACCCAGAGCCUCUCCUUGGUCCUCACCCAAACUCCCCCGGAGCGACCUGGCUAAAAAACAGACCCCUCCGGCCCCGCCACCUCCUCCUCCUCCACCUCCACCGCCUCCUCCUCCCCCACCUCCUCCACCCAUGCCUCCUCCUCAGCGAGAGAAGAAGAAGCCCACCAGGAUGAUCGCAGAGGUCAUCAAGGCGCACGAGGCCAGCAGCAAGAAGGCGACAAAGACGAAAGGGAAGAAGGGCAAGAAGGGGAAGGAGAAGGAGUCCGGGAGGGACGAGACGAGCAGCAUCCUGAAGGAGCUCAAGAACGCCCUGAGGCCCGUGUCGGCGGAGAGGAGAGGGGAGGAGGGCAGCAGGCCGUCUACGCCAAUGAGGUCGGCCCACGACCAGCUGAUGGAGUCCAUCCGCAGCAGCAGCAUCCGAAACCUGAGACGGGUGGAGAUCCCACAUCAUCUACGAUAAUAGCAGAGAUAAAAAGAGGUCCAUUCGUUGCUGUGGAUGUCGAUGAUGAUGGAGUGACCAACAGUGAUGAAGGUGAAAACAUGUUGGGAUGACUGACGAGGAACAAACUGAAUUCUUACUCAUAAAAAAGAAAAUAUACUGGAAAUUUGCACUGCAGUAACAGCUCUACAUUUUAAUAAUCUUUACGUUUUUUUUAAAGUAUUUAUGCAUUAUAGAUAACGGUCUUUGUAUUUUAAUUUGGAAAUGAGUUGACUUGUUUACUGAUAAGACGUCUACUUCACUGUGUUCUUGUAAAAUUGUACAUAUGAUCUGUUGUUGGUUGAAUUAUGUGUUAAGGUCUAAAUAUAGCCAUUUGGUGUUUACAAUACAACUCACUGAAGUAUGUA